UGCGCGCUGUCCGUCACGGGGCAGCUGCUAUGUAAGGCUCGACACAGACAAAAACACUUGAGCAGGUCUUUUCUCUUUAAGUUAGUUAAUUUCCAGGAGACACGAAGUAAAUAUCAUGAACUCUCUGAACCAACAGUAUGAGGAGAAGGUGCGUCCCUGCAUUGACCUCAUCGACUCUCUUCGCUCUCUGGGUGUAGAGAAGGACUUGGCGCUGCCUGCUAUCGCCGUGAUUGGAGACCAAAGCUCGGGGAAGAGCUCCGUGUUGGAGGCGCUGUCAGGGGUGGCUCUGCCAAGAGGAAGUGGCAUUGUGACAAGAUGCCCUCUGGAACUGAAGAUGAAGAGAAAGAAAGAAGGAGAGAAGUGGUAUGGGAAGAUAAGCUACCACAACUAUGAGGAAGAGAUAGAAGAUCCUGCUAAAGUGGAGAGAAAGAUUAGAGACGCUCAGAAUAAAAUGGCCGGGAAGGGGUCGGGGAUCAGUAGUGACCUCAUCAGUCUGGAGAUCGCCUCCCCUGAUGUGCCAGACCUGACGCUCAUCGACCUGCCCGGCAUUGCCAGGGUGGCUGUCAAGGAUCAACCUGAGAACAUUGGCGACUUGAUAAAGGAUCUAAUCCAGAAGUUCAUCAAAAAACAAGAAACCAUCAGUUUGGUGGUUGUUCCAUGCAACGUGGACAUUGCAACCACAGAGGCUUUGAAGAUGGCACGGGAGGUGGACCCUGAUGGAGAGAGGACUCUGGGUAUCUUGACUAAGCCUGACCUGGUGGACAAAGGCACCGAAGACACGGUGAUUAAAGUUGUCCAUAAUGAGGUCAUCCCCCUGAAGAAGGGCUACAUGAUCGUCAGGUGCAGGGGUCAGAAGGAGAUCACAGACAACGUUUCUCUUACUGAAGCAAUAGAGAAAGAGAAAGCCUUCUUCAGAGAUCAUGCGUAUUUCCAGUUUCUUGAUGAUGAAGGCUUUGCCACUGUUCCUAAACUGGCAGAAAAACUCACCCUUGAACUGGUGCUUCACAUUCAGCGAUCUCUGCCUAAACUGGAAAAGCAGAUAGAGAAGAAACUAACACAGACUCAGCAGGAGCUGGACAGAUACGGCAGCGGACCCCCACCUGACGCAGCAGAGAGACUCGUUUUCCUCAUUGAUAGAGUGACAGCGUUUACUCAGAAUGCUAUCAGCCUCACCACAGGGGAGGAACUCCGAUUUGGAGACAGGCUCAAUAUCUUCUCUGUUCUCAGAAAAGAGUUUGCGGCAUGGAAAGAAAUCGUAGAGCGCUCUGGAUUAACAUUUAGCUGGAAUAUUGAGAACGAGGUGGCUCAGUAUGAAAAAAAGUACCGUGGACGAGAAUUGCCAGGGUUCAUCAACUACAAGACCUUUGAGGUCAUGAUCAAGGAGCAGAUCAAACAGCUGGAAGAGCCUGCGAUCCAGAAACUCAAGGAAGUGGCAGAAAUUGUAAAGAAACAGCUGUUUGAGUUGGCACAGAGCAGCCUUGUUGGAUUUCCUUGCCUCAUCCAAACAGCUAAGAUGAAGAUUGAAACAAUCACGAAGGACAAGGAGACUGCAGCAGAGUCCAUGCUGAGGACGCAGUUUAAGAUGGAGCUGAUUGUUUACACUCAGGACAGCACAUACAGCAAAAAGUUAGAGAAGCGGAAGAGGGAAGAUGAACAGUCUGUGGCUGUGCCUGUGCCUGUCUCUGGCUUUGGUUUUGGACAAUCGAUUAAAAGCACCAGCAGCACUGUGAGCAAUAAAAACAGCGGGGCCACUCUGAAAGAGAUGAUUAAACACCUUAAAUCCUACUACCAGAUUGCUGGCCAGCGUCUGGCUGAUCAGAUCCCUCUGGUGAUCCGCUACCAGGUGUUGCAGGAGUCUGCCAUCCAGCUGCAGAGGGAGAUGCUGCAGGUGCUUCAGGACAAAGAGAAAACAGAGUCGCUGCUUCAAGAGGACUCUGGCAUAACAAUGAAAAGACUCCAACUUCAGAGUCGUCUCAAACGCCUGUCAAAGGCACGCAUGCUGUUGACUAACUUCAGUAUGAACAUAUACAACUUCAACACAACACAAUCACAGUGCACACGUUAAAACCAGAUGAGUAAUCAUCUGGUUUUAACGUAAGUUACUGAAUUAUCACAUUCUUACAUUUUAUUUCUUUUGCAGUACAGUAAAAUAUAAAGAAUAGACCUUGUUAUUAUAUCCAUAUUUGUAUCUAUUUCAUUUAUUCUGCUCAUGUUUCAUAAAUAAUUCCUCACAUUUUUUUCACUUAUAUUCUCACUUAUUCCAUUCAAUGUUCUUAUUUCUGAAUGACAUACCACAUAUAGGCUACAGCGUAUAAGGUUGAAAUCAGGACAAGAAUAAUAAGCUUAUUUGUUCUUGUAAUUGUUUUUUUGUUGUUUUUCGAGUAGUAGUUUUGUUUUUGGUUGUUUUGAGCAGACAUAUUAGCACUUUUACCACAAGAACUUUAACACGAUUUAACAGCACAGAAGUGUUACAAGCAUUAUUUUGUUAGUUAAGAGCCAAAGGAGAGCCAAAAAAAUUAUAUUAUUACUUGCAAUGUGUUCGUUGUGAAAGAAACACUUAGCUAAGUAAGCUAAUAGGGUUAAACUAGUUAAUUAAUUAAGUUCUAAUGAUGUAAACUGUAAGCCUGUUGGGCAAAAUAACAUGUUAGUCCAGAACUGUGUUUACCAAACCUAUAUUCUGAAAUAAAACUGAAAACAUA